UCUCCCCACCUCCCUGCCUACUUAAAGGACUUAUCACCCUCUCUCUCAACUAGAACCACCAAGCCUCUCCUCUCCUUUUCUCUCUCUCUCCCUUGCAGUCAGGAACCAUGGUUCCCCAUUUAGAGAAAGCUAAGGUCACUGAGAUCCACGUCCGGAUGGACUGCAACGGUUGCGUUCAGAAGAUCAAGAGAGCCCUCAGUGGAAUCAAUGGAAUAUAUGAACACUACAUAGACUUCCCCCAGCAGAAGAUCACCAUUGUGGGUUGGGCAGAACCUGAAUUGGUCAUCAAAGCCAUUAAGAAGACGAGAAAGAUAGCAACCAUAUGCUCCCACUCAGAGCUCAACGAAGUCAGGCCCGACUCAAACCCGCCGCCUGCAGAGCCGCCAGCUCCAGCUGCCGAAGCUGAGCAGAAGCCUGCGGAAGCAUCACCACCAUCUAGUGAAGCAGCCAAUCCUCCUCCUCCAGCAGAAGCUGCACCACCUGCUGAGCCUGCACCUGCACCACCAGCAGAGCCGACACCAGAACCACCGCCACCGCAGCCAGAACCAGAAAAGCCAGCUGCUGAACCUGCAUCAGAGAAGCCCUCACCUACAGAGCAGAAACCGGUUGAAGACAUCCAGGUCAUCGACUACAGUUCCAGGGACUAUCCAGGGCCUGGGCCUUGGUACCAUUACACUGGAACACAUGCGGUGCCUCAAGUUUCUGCUUAUGCUUACACUCAUGCUUACAGACCUACAGUUCAUGUAAUGCCUGAGCCUGUCUAUUACAUGCCAGCGCCUCAAUACUCAAGGUACAGUCGAUAUGAACACUACGCUGAUGAGUAUCCCAACAGCAGGAACAGUGGGGAAGGAAGCAACAUCACUUCAAUCUUUAGUGAUGAGAAUCCAAAUGCUUGUACUGUGAUGUAAUAUGAGGUAAAAUUUUGUGGGGAAGGGGAAUUUUCUUUUCUUGUUUUUCCCUUUUUUUCCUUUUUGCAUGACUUGUAUUGUUACUACAAAUGGAGAAAUAUUA